AUGGCUAAAUUCGAACUACCAAAGUCAGUGAGCGGUCUCCGCGUCGUGCCAGACACUCAACUCGACCUACGGCCUGAAUCUGAAAUCAUAAACGAACUCCGUUCGUUUCGACUCGUCACUUCAGAGAAGAACGUAUGGGCUUUCUGGGAUAAAGGCAUCGAUUAUAUGUAUCCAAGCUAUAGAUGUACAGUGGUGAGCUGGGUGAGAAAGCUUGGCAGUUCAUGGACGGUUCGCCUCGUAGAUCUUGUCGAGGACUCACCCAAUAACAUCUACAACUACGUCUCUAAAGAAUGGUUCCCCGACUGUUUCGUAAACCGGACGAUGGACGGCAGACAUGCAGCACAACAUUCUGCUGAUCUCGUGAGGCUGCCACUUCUAUUCGAGCACGGGGGUGUCUGGAUGGAUGUCGGAAAUAUGUUGCACACUCAUCUCGACUCCUUAUUCUGGGACCAUCUCACAGCUCCGGAUACCCCUUACGAGAUGGCCGUCUGGAUUAUCACCGGUCAGAUCAGAAAGAAAUGGGGCAGCUUCGGAAACUACAUGCUGGCUGCACGAAAGGGUUGUGUCUUUAUCAAAAAUUGGCACAAUGGUUACAAACAGCUGUGGAAGGGACGCACCAAUGCAGAUGGUUUCCAUAAAAUACCCCUGAUGCAGGACAUUGGGCUUGCUGAGGGGAUGGCCGAUUGGAAUUUCGAGGAUAAGGUCAAAGAGAUGAGCGACUACGUGGCGCAGAUGCUCAUUGGCGACCGUACGAGAAACCUGCUAGAUUUAAGCACGAACUGGAACGGACGCGAGUAUUACAAGAACAAAGUGUUUAUGGUGGAGGGCAUUCUGAACGGCGUGCUAGGUGCGAUCAAGACGGAAUACGACGGAGCUAAGCAAGUAGAGCUCUUCACUACUCGGCUCGACGAACCAGAUGGAGCGAAGAGACAGGCAGCCGAAGCCUUCAUGAUAGAGAUGCUGGAAAAAAGCCACAUGUAUAAAGUAUACCACAAUUCGGCAGGCGGGCUACCCGCACUGGGAGAUCUUGUGAAGAAGAAGGAAUUCAUGGAUGCGGACCACAGGCCAGGCACCUUCGGCGAGAUGUACAGGUACGGUACGGUUCACUGGGAGUCAACCCGCGGGGUAGAACGGUUGAUCCCGCAGAUUGACGAGAAGGAGGAGCUAAUUCGGGCUACACCUACAACUCCGGCGUUACGGGAACAUAAGUAA